UACAUAUAUAUAUAAAACCCCUUUGGGGAACCCGAAACAAGAAAAGUAUAGUGUCCAUAAUAAGAGAAAUGAUACACAAAUUAAGAUGACAAGCAGCAGAGGAGCCACUGAGUGUUGCAUGUGUGGAGAUUAUGGCUUAUCUUCUCAGCUCUUCAAAUGCAAAAUAUGCCAAUCUAGAUCUCAACAUAGGUAUUGCAGCAACUUGUAUCCAAAAGCUGAGUCAUAUCGUAUAUGCAAUUGGUGCUUGAGUCCAAAGGAGGUUUCUGCUGAUAAAACACACAACUCUUCAAAUUAUUCUUCUUCUUCUUCUUCAUGUAGAAAUACAAGUGACGACAUUCAAGAUGGUCCAAUAAAGUUCAAGAAAAAGCUAAUUAUUAGAAAUGAAAAUAAUAUUGAUAUUGGAAUUGGACCAAGUCCAAAGGGUUCUUUAAUGAAGCUGCAACUUAUCAAGAAAACACAAAAGUCUAUGGAGCGAUCACCCUCAUUGGCUGCUAGAAAAAGGGACACAAUUGAAGAGAAAAUAAGGAGAACAAUAUCAAAUACGGGUAUCACAAGAAAGGUACUUAAAAAUAGGGUAAGAAGGUAUAAGCUCUUGGAUGAAGUCUCAAGCUAAUCAAAUUUUAAGAGUUUGUAGAUUGUUAGGUUUUUUUUUUUUAAAUGUAUGGUUUUGGUGGUUUUGAAAUUCCUAAGGCAGCCAUUAAUGAUAGUACGUCACAUCACUUGGGUUGCGGCUCUUCUUCGGACCCUGCGUAAAUAUAAAUAUAGAAUACUUUAUGUACUCGGUUGCCUUUUUAAUAAUAACAAACUAUAUACUCUGUGAAUACACAUA